AUGGAAAACUAUAAGAAAUCCGAAAUUACCAAAGAAGAAGAAGAAAAUAUCACACCCCCGACAAAUAACGGUGAUGAAGAAUCGACGAUGACCUCAGAAUCAACAGGCGUCAAAUUAUCAACAUCGAUGCCAACAACAACAACGACCCUCUCCUCUGAAAUGAUUGUCAAUAUUACCAAAGAUGGUAAUAAUGAUGCAAAGAAAAUUGUCGAUGACCAAUGUCAUGACAAUGAAUCGAAUUCCUGGAGUUGUAGCAAACCUUGGGAUAGUGAAGUAGAGGAGGGUGAUGGUGUUGCUACUACUGAAACAACAACAGCAGCAGCUGCUGCUGCUGCUACUGAUGCUGAUACUACUACAGGAUCUCCUACCACAGCUGCUGCAGCUGCUGUUGCAGCUGCAGCAUCAGCAACAGCUACAGCUGCUGAUACACAGCAUCGGCAAGAGCAUCAGUAUCAACAGGAACAGCAGGAGCAGGAGGAGCAGCAGCAGCAGCAGCAUCGUCAAGAGCAACAGUAUCAACAGGAACAACAAAAACAAUAUCAGCAAUACCGAUAA